AUGUCUAUGUUCUCUGCUGCCAGUGCACUCUUCCGCCGAAAGGAUCGCAACCCCGCUGCCUCGCAGCCCCAGGGUGGCUCGGAUGAAGUGCCCAUCUACACCAAUGCAGUCUACUACCCCAACUGGAGGAUCUACCGGAAACAGCCUCCUUCUUCCUUGCGACUAGGAUUCAUCUCCCAUGUCUUCUAUGCAUUUGCUUGGGUCAAAGAUGAUGGCACUGUCUAUCUGAGUGAUGAAUGGGCCGACACCCAGAUGCCUGUGGAUGGGACCGAGGGUUGUUUGCGGGCCUUUGUUCAAUUGAAGCAGCAGUACUCGGAAAUGAAGGUCAUCCUCUCCGUUGGUGGAGGUGGAAAGGGCAGCGAAAACUUUGCCCAUGUCUCCCAGAGUCGCUCUCGCCUGGAAAACUUCGUGCGGACUGCCCGAGCACUGGUUGAUCAGUUUGGUCUCGAUGGAAUCGAUGUGGACUGGGAGCAUCCCACCGAUCCCCAGCAAGGCCAGGGCUACAUUCGUUUGCUGGCGGGCCUGCGCGAGGGGCUGCCUUCUCCACGAUACGUCCUGGCGACAUGCCUUCCUGCCGGUCAAUGGGCAUUGCGGAAUAUUGACCUUGGUGCCGCGCAGAGGUAUCUAGACCUGAUGAAUCUCAUGGCGUAUGACUUCUCCGGGUCGUGGGAAUCCCAGACUGGUCACCAAGCCAAGCUCUACGGCUCAGGUAUCUCCUGCGAAUCGUCUGUCAGCUAUGUCUUAUCGCAGGGAGUGUCACCACGGAAGCUCAUUCUCGGCGUUCCGGUUUACGGCCGUUCAUUCCUGGGCAGCAAAGGUCCCGGCCAGCGGUACACGGGGACUGGUGGAGAAGAUGGUGUCUUUGAUUAUCGCGAUCUCCCGCGACCAGGAACCAAAGAGCAUCACGACAAAAAGCUCGGUGCGGCAUAUUGCACCGGUGGCGAUGGCGGGUUUGUGACCUACGACACGCCGGCGACAGUACAACAGAAAGCCCAAUUUGUGACAUCGUCGAAGCUUGGAGGGCUCUUUUACUGGCAUAUUUGCUCGGAUGCCCGGGGCUCGCGUAGUCUGAUUGAAACUGGGUAUAACACGCUGCAUGACAUGUGA